UGUUUAUAUUCUGUUAUUUAGUUCUUAAGUGGUUACUUGGUUUGAGUGUUUUUCAGUUUGUGCUCUGCACCUUCAAAGUCAGAAACCUGUGCUGCUUUUGAUCUUUAUUAAAAUUGGCUCGAUUUGCCUCUUAUCACAUUGUCAAGCAGGGGCUUUGUGCUUGAAGUAACCUUUCAAGUCUGUGUCUGUUUCCCUUUCAUUACAGGGAUCACAAUGAGUCGUUCGAAGUUUUGUGCCUCCAACAUCAGAUUUUGAUGAGCUUUCGUGCCUCCAACAUAAGAUUCUGUGGCAGCACCUGCAUUAGACUUGCUGCUGGAUCAGCUGAAAGACGUGUUCGAUGUUUCUCGCAUUUCUCUUUUUGCCCUUACCGCCAUGGAACCGAGUUUCAUGAUAGAGAUGUAGCUUUGUUCUUUUGUCAUCACUAAUGAGAGGCUCAUAAGCAAGGACAAGAGAAACAAUGUCAUAUUUGAUCAUCGGUGGAGCCGGCAGUGUUGCAGACAGCAGAGAGUAUGAGUAGUCGUUUAGGACUAUUUCGAGUUUGAUUUGCCUCGAGGUGGUGACGGGUACAAGGGACUA